ACGCUUUGCUAUUGUCCAAGCGGAAAGAGCCAAGUUUAUUAUGAGGACUAUAUGCUCUAGAGACCUCGGGCUAGGCGGCUCUUAGGGGGCUUUUCAUAAAACAGGGCUAGGUUCCUAUAAAGGAGGCCAGUUUUGGAGCAGGCGCUGAGCAGUGAACAUCUAUCCACCGUCCAGCCUCCUUCCAACCAGUUCAAACCAAACAAGUCAUCUUUCCCCCCCAACUCAGACCGCGCGUCCUCCUCAAUUGUAUUUUGAUUCCUUUUUUUUUUUUUUUUUUUUUACUUUCUAACCCAAUUUUUUGGGGGGUAGUUUUUGUUUGACAUUUUUUUUUCCCGGGAAGUGCAGCUUUCUAACUCCACCGAGCCUUCUCAAAUGUAUAAAAUGGAGUAUUCUUACCUAAAUUCCUCUGCCUACGAGUCAUGUAUGGCCGGGAUGGACACGACGAGCUUGGCAUCGGCCUAUGCGGACUUCAGUUCGUGCAGUCAAGCCAGUGGGUUUCAGUACAAUCCCAUCAGGACCACUUUCGGGGCCACCUCCGGCUGUCCGUCCCUCACGCCGGGGUCCUGCAGCCUGGGGACCCUGCGGGACCACCAGAGCAGCCCGUACGCCGCAGUUCCCUACAAACUGUUCACGGAUCACGGCGGACUGAACGAGAAGAGAAAGCAGAGGCGCAUCCGGACCACGUUCACCAGCGCCCAGCUGAAGGAGCUGGAGCGGGUUUUUGCUGAAACGCACUACCCGGAUAUCUACACCAGAGAGGAGCUGGCACUUAAAAUCGAUCUGACUGAAGCCAGAGUGCAGGUACACAGCCACUUGCUCUCCAGCAGACGCCAACCUGCUUCCAUUGCGCACAGUUACGCACGGGUGUGGUUCCAAAACCGACGUGCCAAGUUCCGCAAGCAGGAGCGAGCAGCUGCAGCGGCCGCCGCGGCUGCCAAGUCCAAUUCUGGAAAGAAGUCCGACCUUAGAGAUGAAGACAGUAAAGAGACCAAAUCCACCGACCCCGACAGCACAGGAGGACCGGGCCCAAACCCCGUCCCCACCUCCAACUGCGGCGGACCGAGCCCCACCGGAGGCCAGGUCAACACCACCGGGAACGGACAGGUGGACCAAGUGAAGACCUCCGUGUCCACCGGCAUGGGGGUGACAGCAGCGAGCCAAGGCUGGGCCACCGCUCCUGGGACCAUCACUUCUAUCCCGGACUCAUUGGGCGGGCCGUUCGCCAGCGUACUGUCGUCUUUGCAAAGACAGAACGGAGCCAAAGCUACAUUAGUAAAGACCAGCAUGUUCUAAUGAAGCUUCACAUCGGGGGAAGAACAGCAGCAGAGGAAGAGAGAUACGGUUCCUCAUCCUCCGGAGACUGAAAAGCAAUUGCCCAUGACAGACUUAAGGACAAAAAAGAGCAGUUCAAAAGAAGAUGACAACUCGGUUAUUUUAUUUUUAUGCCUUGCGCCGUUUGUUGUGGUCAGUUGACACUUUUGCUGUGAAAAUAUCCAUCUUGACAAGUCAAAUUGAUUGAUCAUUUUUCUUUAAAAAAAGUGUUAGAUUGGGUGAAAUGUUUUCACUUGUUUCCGGUCAUGUCUAAAGACUGAAAUCCUGAAAAAAGGCAGACGGCAUAUUACUGUACUAAUAGCAACAGAAUUACACUUCCGUUGAGAUUCGUCAUGCGUAAAUUCAGAACAAGGACAACAUAUCUCAGCCCAAAAGCAAAAUGCCCCUCCUUUUUAAAGAUACAAACGACACAUUUAAGACUGAACACUGGAUGAAGUGACUUGUUAAGAUGAACAUUUGUUGUUUUAUUUGGGCCAAUUUAUGAGCCAACACAGACGUCUGCGCACUGGAAACGCGUCGUGCCAUCAGUGAGCAAAGGAGCCCCGUUGAGUCCCAUUAUAUGUCAGAGUUCAACAGCUGCUUUGUUUGGUAGA